AUGCAACAUGCACCGCCUCCGCCACUGGCCCCGCAGUGUUCCAUGGGCGGCCAUGACGCGCCUGCGUCCCCUGCACGGCUUACUGUCUCUCACACGUCGUCCCCGCCGGCGAAGCAGCGGUCCCUGGAUGGCCGGGCCCUGUCUCCUCCACCAUCUCGUCUACAGCCUACUGGUGGCCGGGCCUCCGUGCCGCCCAUCCAUCUGCGAGUCUCGACUGGGUGCGCUCCUUCACAGCCUUCGGUCGACGCCAGGCACCCCUACUGGCCGCCCGCUCCUCCACAGCCCACAGAGGGCUGUGCCUCGGUCCUGCCGCCAGUGUCCCGUCAGCCCACUCCCAUCUCGUCUGACUCCCCUACGCCGUCAUCUCCGCCGCAGCACCCAGAGUGGUUUCCUGCCAGCCAGCGCCCCCUUCUCUGGGUGAGAGACAUAUGCUCCGGGGCCCGUUUCCUGGUGGAUUCCGGGGCAGAGCCCUGCGCGCAGCCGACGCCGUCCCUCACCACCCUCCGCCAAGCGACGCAGUUCGAGGCCCUCCUCCAGGAGUUUCCCCUCCUUACAUUCCCACAGUCCGCCCCGCCUCGGGUCCAACAAGAGGUACAGCACUCCAUCGUGACGGCUGGUCCUCCGUGCUUCGCUUGGCCCCGGCGGCUGCCCCCGGAAUGUCUUUACGCUGCGCGCAAGGAGUUUGACCUCAUGCUGGAGGAAGGCAUUGUGCGCCCAUCUGACAGCAACUUGACGUCGCCACUUCACAUGGUGCCCAAGGCCUAG